AUGUGCCUGGUGGUGGCCCUGUGUCUGUGCGUGGUGCUGGGUGCGGGGGGCUGCCGUGCCUACGGCUUCCGCAACUGCAUCCAGGACAUGUUGGACCCGGGCUACUUCAAGUGCAUGCAGCGCUUCCUGGCGGAGGUCUCCUCGGCCACGGCGGACCUGCCGGCCAACGCCACCGCCCUCAACGCCUCCCUCAAUGCCAUCCACCGCCUGCCGCCCGGGACCUUCGCCCGCCUGCCGGCCCUCAGGGAGCUCUCCCUGACCCACAACGGCCUGCGGGACGUGGCCGAAGGCGCCUUCGAGGGGCUGCCCGCCCUGCGCAGCCUCAACCUCUCCUGCAACGCCCUCCAAGGUCUCUCCGCCGGGGCCUUCCACGGCCUCCACAACCUCAGCCUCCUCCUCUUGGCCGGUUGA